AUGGCAUUGGAAGAGAUCUUUGUUAACGGUGCCACAGGGUUCAUGAAACGAUUGGUUUCUAAUGCUGCCAAAAAAAUUGGAAAGGCUGGGGCUGUAGAUAAAGAUCUCCAAAAGCUUAAGGAUGCUCUGGAGAUGAUCGCGGCUGUCACAUCUGAUGCUGAAAAAGAAGCAGCUAUGCAUCAAUCCCAAGAAGGUGGAAAUUCCGAUAAGGUAAUGGUCCUAUCCACAGUCAAAUUUAGUUUGAAAAUAGCAAAAAGAAUCAAAAUCAUUAAUCAAGAGUUAGAUGAAAUUGCCAAGCACAACGCUAUGUUUCAGUUGGAACAUAACGUUGAUGAUGAAAAUUUCGAGCAACUAGACCGAAUGACACAUUCUUUUAUAGGAGAUUCUAGAAUUGUUGGAAGGGACAAAGAUACAUCUUGCAUAGUCGAGAUGUUGAUGACCAACCUUUCAUCAUCAUCAUCUGAUAAUUUUAGUCCACAAGAAAAAAUUUCAGUUGUGUCAGUAGUGGAAAGAUUCACUGAGUCCAUUACUGGAGCAACGUGUGAUGUGUCUAGUAUCGAUGUAUUAGUAAGGAAAGUUCAUGAAAAGAUUUGUGAGAAGAAAUAUCUGUUAGUACUAGACGAUCUGUGGAGCGAAAAUGCCCAAGACCGGAACAAACUUAAGGGUUAUUUAAGUGGGGGUGCUCGAGGGAGUAAAAUAUUAGUAACAACAUUUAAAAACACUGUUGCGUCUAUUAUUAGCAGUCCACGUCAGUUUGGACCACUGUCCAGCGCUGUUUGGUUCAGCGCUUUAACAACCUUAUCCGAACAAGAAUGUUGGUCUAUUCUUAAGACUAGAGCUUUUUCUCCUGGGGGAGCAGUGGAGACUCUAAUUAUGUCAAACAUAGGAGAGGAGAUUGCAAGAAAAUGUGCUGGUUUACCACUUGCUGCUAUUUUUCUCGGAAAUCUAAUGCGCUUGAAAAGAAAGGAUUCUGAUUGGUUGGCGAUUAGAGACAAUGACGUUUUUAAUACACCAGAAAACCCAAACAAAAUUAUACUCCCUCCGUCCCGCUCCUAA